GUGUGCUCUCUACCGCUCAGUGCGCGCUGUCCAUACAUCAAAAUACACUUCUAUACAAAUCUCUCUCUCUCUCUCUCCUAUGCUGACUUUUUGAUUUUUACAGUGCAGGAUACGGAGUCAUUCAUUUGGAAACACGUUCAUGUGAGAGAGGAGAGAGGCGCAUUUACCGGGAGAUGGGGGAAAAGUAUCAGGCAGCGCAUAGACAACACAGAAUUUGACUAAUGUGCGUGGAGAGCAACUUUGUUUAACGACACUGUAAAGGUUAAUUGAACAAUAACUGAAUAUGCAUCUAAAGCGCAUCUUCAGUCUCCUCCACCAGUUAUGUUUUCUUGGAGCAUUUGCCAUUGCAGAUCCACACCCCUUCCAGGAAUCCGAGUCCGAAAUUAUUUUCCCGGAGGUUUUUCCAGAUACAGGUCCACCGGCUCCUGAUAAACCAAAUAGCCGAGAGACUGACGCCAGCGCCGGAGCUCCGGAUAAACCAACUAGCCGAGAGACUGACGCCAGCGCCGGGAGCAGCUCUCGGGAGAUUCGUUCCAUUUCAAACUGGGAAGAGUACGAAUCUCCAGAGCUAUACCAUUGGGAACCUCAAGGACCGCAAACGGCUGCUUCCACAGGGCUGAGACUCAGAAUUCCUGCUUUUGGCAGGGACCUGCACCUCAUCCUGAAGAGAGACACUCGAUUUCUGUCCCAGAAAUUCAUGGUGGAGAGCAGACAGAAAGCACAAAAGGCAUCUCGGAGCAGUAUGCCAGUUUCGUCCGCUGCCAACACAGAAGAGAGAGGAUGCUAUUACAGCGGAACUGUUCUUAAUUACGCAGGAUCCAUUGCCUCAUUCAGCACCUGCGCAGGACUGAUGGGCUUCAUUCAACUCAAUGGAGACUUCCUCUACAUCGAGCCUGUCAAUAAAACGCUGGCCGUCACGGGACAGGCCCACCGCGUGUACAGGAGGAAGCGCUCCACCACCGAGGAGAGACAGACAGACAAGCAGACGACAGACAAACAGACAAGCAGCAACUAUUGUGGAGUCAUUCCAGAAAGACAGAAGAGUAAGAACAGGAAGCUGUCUGAGGGAGGCAGAGGGAAACGGUACUUGUAUAAACUACUCCACGAGUACAACGUGGAGACUGUGGUGGUGGCCGACCCAGCUAUGGUCAGCUACCACGGCUCAGAGGCAGCCAAACGAUUCAUCCUCACCAUCAUGAAUAUGGUUUUCAACUUGUUUCAGCACAAGAGCCUGGGAAUACAGAUUAAUAUCAGAUUGACUAAACUUGUGCUGCUUCACGAAACACCAUCAGACAUGUACAUUGGUCACCAUGGUGAGAAGAUGCUGGAGAGUUUCUGUCGUUGGCAGCAGGAGGAGUAUGGGAAGAAGAGUGUGAUGUCAGACUUCAGCACUCGGUGGAGGGAGGACCUACCCUCUGUGGACACGGCCAUUCUAAUCACACGGAAGGAUUUCUGCGUGCAUAAAGAUGAACCCUGUGACACUGUAGGCAUUGCCUACCUGAGCGGCAUGUGCAGCGAGAGAAGGAAAUGCAUCCUAGCUGAGGACAACGGCCUCAACCUAGCCUUUACCAUCGCUCACGAAAUGGGCCACAACAUGGGUGUGAGUCACGACAACGACCACCAGUCAUGUGCGGACGGCCUCCACAUCAUGUCGGGAGAAUGGGUCAAAGGUCAGAACCUGGGCGAUGUUUCCUGGUCUGGCUGUAGCCGUGACGACGUGGAGAAGUUCCUCCGGUCCAAGGCCAGUAGUUGUCUCCUCCAGACCGACCCGCUGAGCUUGAACUCAGUGAUCCUGCCAUUCAAACACCCAGGGAUGACUUACACGGCAGAGGAACAGUGUCAGAUCCUCUUCGGAACCACCGCCUCCCACUGUCAAAACAUGCAGUAUGUGAUGUGUUCAGGGCUGUGGUGCCGGGUGGAUGGAGAGAAGGACUGUAAAACCAAACUGGACCCACCCAUGGAUGGCACAGAGUGUGACCCAGGAAAGUGGUGUCGUGCUGGGGAGUGUGUGAGCAGAGCGGUGCCAGUGGAGCAAGCCAUGGGAGAGUGGAGCACCUGGGGGUCCUGGGGAACCUGCAGUCCAACCUGCAGCACUGGCAUCAGUGGACGCCAGCGCAAGUGUGAGAGUCCCAGUGGGAAAAGCCGGGACUGUGUCGGCUCCAGGAUGCAGUACAGGCUGUGUGAGAACCUACCCUGCCCUGCUGGGAGCCCCAGCUUCAGAGACCAACAAUGCCAGACCUUCAAUCGCCCCUCCCUGCACUGGCACUCCGUCAUGGAUGAUGAGAGGCCCUGUACACUGUUCUGUUCCUCCACAGGGAAAGAACAACCCCGCCUCCUGGCUGAGAAGGUGCUGGAUGGAACCUCCUGCGGCUCUCAGGAGUCAGGCCUCUGUGCCAACGGGACAUGUCAGAAAGUGGGCUGUGACAGGAUCCUGAGUUCGAUGGCAAGAGAGGACCACUGUGGGGUGUGUAAUGGCAACGGCAAGUCUUGUAAAGUCAUCAAGGGGAACUUCAACCACACCAAAGGAGCAGGCUAUGUGGAAGCUGUGAUCAUCCCCAAAGGGGCCAGGAGAAUCAGAGUGAUGGAAGAAAAGCCUGCACAGAGUUAUUUGGCACUCAAAGACACAAACAAGCAUUCCAUCAACAGCGACUGGAAGAUAGACCGCCCAGGAGCCUUCAACAUGGCGGGCACCACCGUUCACUACGUCCGGAGAGGACUGUGGGAGAAAAUGUCAGCCAGAGGUCCCACUACCUCCCCGUUGCAUCUCAUGGUGCUGCUGUUCAAUGAGCAGAACCAUGGCAUCCAUUACGAGUACACCAUCCCCACAGAGGCUAGCAUGGAACCCCAGGGGGGGUUAGGACCGGGGGCCAUGCCCAGCGAACCCCUCUUCAUGUGGACCCACUCUGGCUGGGAGGACUGCCAUGCCGUGUGUGGAGGAGGAGAAAGAAAGACAAUCGUCACCUGCACUAACAUUGUCAACAAAACUACAAGCGUGGUGGACAACCGAAGAUGUCGUCACCUGACCAAACCUGAGCCUCAAGUCCGCAAGUGCAAUGAGCAGCCCUGCCAGACAAGGUGGAUGAUGACUGAGUGGACGUCUUGCUCUCGUACCUGUGGUAGAGGCUCUCAGAGCAGACAGGUAGCCUGCACCUUGCAGCUAGCCAACGGCACCCUGGUCAAAGCCAAGGACCGCGACUGUGCCGGCCCCAAGCCGGCCCCCAACCAGCGCUGCGAGGGCCAGGACUGUCUCACCGUGUGGGAGGCUGGCGUGUGGUCUGAGUGCUCGGUGAAGUGUGGGCGGGGGGCACGCCAUCGGCUGGUGAAGUGCACCAACCCACGGAAAAAGUGUGACCUGUCGACCCUACCCCGUGAGACGGAGGACUGUGAGGACUACUCCAAGUGUUACAUCUGGAGGACAGGAGACUGGGCCAAGUGCUCGGUCACCUGUGGCAAAUUGCAGUCCCGGGUUAUCCAGUGCAUGCACAAAUCACCGGGCAGCCACGGGGAAGAGUGCUUCUCGUUUAUCGAGAAGCCAGCUGGGGAAGACCGGCCAUGUCAGCAGCAGGCGUGCAACGAGAGGAUCAAUCUUAACAUCACCUCGCCACGCCUGGCUGCCCUGACGUUCAAGUGUUUACGGGACCAGUGGCCGGUUUACUGCAAAGUCAUCCGCGAGAAGAACCUCUGCCAAGACAUGCGCUGGUAUCAACGCUGCUGUGAAACAUGCCGGGACUUUUACGCACAGAAGAUGCAGCAGAGGAGUUGACCCUCCCCUCACCCCCUCGCCCCCUCCUUCCAGGGGCGAAUUUAGGUGUCAUAUCCUAUUUAUGUAUAUCAAGUGCACUUAUUCCAACACGAGGGAUGGACAGAACACACCUGUUUCAACCUAACCAGCUGUAGAUUAUAAGCACUGUAAAUGUGUGAUUAGUUCGUUGUGUUAUUGGUAUUGAGUCGAUACUAUGUCAUGUUAUUGGUAUUGAGUCCAUACCAUGUCAUGUUAUUGGUAUUGAGUUGAUACUAUGCUCAUGUUAUUGGUAUUGAGUCAAUACUAUGGUAAUCUUAUUGGUAUUGAGUCGAUACUAUGGGAAUGUUAUUGGUAUUGAGUCGAUACUAUGGUCAUCUUAUUGGUAUUGAGUCGAUAAUAUGUCAUGUCAUUGGUAUUGAGUCGAUACUAUGGUCAUCUUAUUGGUAUUGAGUCGAUACUAUGGUAAUUUUAUUGGUAUUGAGUCGAUACUAUGGUCAUCUUAUUGGUAUUGAGUCGAUACUAUGUCAUUUCAUUGGUAUUGAGUCGAUACUAUGGUAAUCUUAUUGGUAUUGAGUCGAUACUAUGGUCAUCUUAUUGGUAUUGAGUCGAUACUAUGUCAUGUCAUUGGUAUUGAGUCGAUACUAUGGUCAUGUUAUUGAGGUUGAAUCGAUACUAUGUUAUUAGUAUUGAGUGGAUAUUAUGCUCAAGUUAUUGGUAUGUAGUCGAUACUAUGCUCAUGUUACUGGUAUUGAGUCCAUGCUAUUGCCAUCUUUUUGGUAUUGAGUCCAUACUAUGGUAAUGUUAUUGGUAUUGAGUCGAUAUUAUGCUCAUGUUACUGGUAUUGAGUCCAUGCUAUUGCCUUCUUUUUGGUAUUGAGUCGAUACUAUGGGAAUGUUAUUGGUAUUGAGUCGAUACUAUGGGAAUGUUAUUGGUAUUGAGUCGAUACUGUGGUAAUCUUAUUGGUAUUGAUUCAAUACUAUAGUCAUGUUAUUGAGGUUGAAGCGAUACUAUGUCAUGUUAUUGGUAUUGAGUCCAUAUUAUGUCAUGUUAUUGGUAUUGAGUCGAUACUGUGUUCAUGUUACUGAGGUUGAAUCGAUAAUAUGUCAUGUUAUUGGUUUUGAGUCGAUACUAACUAUGGUCAUGUUAUUGGUAUUGAGUCGAUACUAUGUCAUGUUAUUGGUAUUGAGUCGGUCUAAGCACAUCUCUUUUGAGGGUGUAAUUGUUGACCAGCCUUCACCUGGGAUCCGUUGAGCUGAUAUACUGUAGAUCUACAUAAGGAUCCAACUCUUUGGUGUUUUUGGAGAAGUUUUUGUUUUUAAUAAUGUUAAUUCAUGCUAAUAUUUUGUAAAUGUCUUACAAUUUUCCAUACUGUAUUUUUUUCUGAUUUAUCUUCAUUAAUAUCACAUUGAAAAUCAGGCAAAAUCCAUCAAGGUAUACCACUUGUAGUUUCCAAUAGUUCAGUUAACCCCGUAUAAUGUAACCAAUGCAAUAGUGCCAAAAGUGCAAACUACAAACUUCAUUAAGCGUACCAUCGGACCUAGGUCUACUGGUUUCCUAUCCGUUUCUUCCCCCCAAAAAACAGAAUGUCCCGCACACUGUUUAUGCUCCCAGGUACCACUGUCUAUCGGACAACAUUUCCAUCUGUAAGGAUCUUCAUCAGGUCAAAACAACCAGACAAAACAACCAGACAAAACAACCAGACAAAACAACCAGACAAAACAACCAGUCAAAACAACCAGACAAAACAACCAGACAAAACGACCAGACAAAACGACCAGACAAAACGACCAGACAAAACGACCAGACAAAACGACCAGACAAAACGACCAGACAAAACAACCAGACAAAGAUCCUUGUGGAUGGAACCGUUGUCUGAUAAAAGGUGUUAUUUGGGAGCAUAAUCCGUGUGUUUUGAACUUUCUGAGGUUUUUCUUCUCAAGUUGACUUCUUUAGCCCAGCACAAACAUUUCUAUCUAUUUCAGCAUUGGUGAACUUCAUGCUAUCUGCUUGGUAUAGCCACUGCUGAGACUUUGGCUUCCAGCCGUGAGUAAUUACAAUGACGUUCUUGUCUUUCGUCAAGUUUAGCAAAAAUGUGUUUAGAGACACAAAUGGUACUGUAUGUUUAAUCUAUCUCAAACAGAAUUCACAAUACUGUCCAUUUAGAAGCAAUACUGAAAGCAUUACAGCUGCAAAGACUCUUACAUUUGAUUGAUAUGAUGUUUUAGGGUUUAGGACUUUCAGCUCUUCAUUUGCUUUGUACAUGUUUGGCUUAAUGUCGAACACUGUAAGCAACAAUGUGGCUUUGGAAGGAUUUGGAUAAUUGAUGAUACUUCUAAUAACGACAGCAAAUAUAUUCUUAUUAUUAACGUGCUGUUUAUGUGGUGCUAAUUAGUGUACUUGAGUGAACUUUUGGGGAUCUAAGCUUAAACAUAAAGUGUUGCCAAAUAGCCGAGGCUUGCUUAAAGUUGGAGAAAAUACCUUAUUGUAACAUUUACUGAAUUAAUCUAUGUCUAUGCAUAUGUUAACAAUAGUGCUGGCCUUAGGAUCUGAUGGGACUGAAACAAUUGUGUGGAAAGCUUGAGGACACCAAUCUUCUCCGUCAAAUUUAACAUCAGGGGUGUGUUCAGUACGUCAUACGGUCUUCAACGUUUAAUUCAACGGAAAUGGUACUGUACUGAACGACCAGUUGAGGAACGGUGUAUGGUGUGUGUGCUGCCUAAACCAGAUCUUUACCAUGAUAAGGCCUUGCUCGACAUUGCGGUGUCAGGUUUGUCCUGCGUCUUGUGAGAUUGUAUGGUGUGUGGUGUGCUGCACGAGUUUUGCGAUUUAAAAUGGUCACACGCAUAUUUUGAUCGGCCCACACGUAUAUUGAUCAGUUCACACCCAUAUUGAUCAGGCCACACCCAUAUUGAUCAGGCCACACCCAUAUUGAUCAGGCCACACCCAUAUUGAUCAGUUCACACCCAUAUUGAUCAGGCCACACCCAUAUUGAUCAGGCCACACCCACCAAACGGGAGCAAACAUACCUGAAAGGCUGUUACGGGAACGCUGUGCAUCCCUUGGGGGGAAAUGUAGUUCAGUAGCAAACGUUGAAUCGAACUGAAUGCAUCCCAGUUACGCGCACGGAUCUCUCCAAGUUAGGAUUUGGAUCUAAGUGUCUUCAGGAGGGUUUCUAAAGGGAAAUUAUCCUCCAUUUUAAAUCACAUGAUCUGUAUCGAUAUUUCAAAAUGUGUUUCAAAAUCACUAAAGGGACAUUAUUUAGUCAUAUAGUAAACUAUCAUCCAUAUUUCCGUCAAAUAGUUAGUACAGUAUGGCCGACCUUGGUUGUGUACACCAGGAUGAGCCCACGGCUGUCUUGUAUGUUAAAGUCAAUGUUAGAACGACAACAUCUGAACAGCAAGCUGCUUCACUAGAACAAUCUGCUGUACAUCCUAUUCACACAACGAUGACCAUUUCUAGUGUAUCACUCCACGGCCCUCUACUUGAAUAGAGAUAAUGUAGAACUAGGAUACACUGUACAUGUUUCUAGUGUAUCACUCCACGGCCCUCUACUUGAAUAGAGAUAAUGUAGAACUAGGAAACACUGUACAUGUUUCUAGUGUAUCACUCCACGGCCCUCUACUUGAAUAGAGAUAAUGUAGAACUAGGAAACACUGUACAUGUUUACACUGAAGUACUGCUGCACUGGUAUAUGGGUUGGCUCCGGGGUGAAGUAUCCCCUAGGUACUGUUCCUAGCGUCUAGGGGCAACUUCACCCUACUCUGGUUCCCAUGAGCCCUCAGUCUAGGCGUCACAUGGUGCAAAAAAAUACUGCUUGGUUUACACCUUCUGUCAUUGGCUGAAAACAAGUUGAAGUUGAGUGUCGUUGAAUUGAAUUAAAAUUGACAUUUUAUAGCACUGUUAAGGCCGUGUCAUUUUUUAUUGGCUUCCUACAUACCUGUGUGUCGCGUUGUCUCGUAAUGUCUUGCGGUUGUGUAGGAGAAAAAACUGCCUGCAUAUCAUGCUCCUGAGAAAAUAAUAAAAUAGAUUCUCCAUUA